AUGGUUAAGGAAACCAUCUGGGAAGAAACUACUGUGGCCAGCUACAGGGAUGCCAAAAGCCAAGAACUGGUGCCUCCUAGUGGAACUGUAGCGUUUCCUCGAAAGCCAUUCCGUCCAGGAGUUAAGGUGGCCGCUGCACGCCCGGGAACUUUCUCAGUCCAGCCCACCGGCCUUUACCCUAGCCAACGACCUGUUGCCUUUGGCCGCCGGCCGAGUCACGGGCGGGCGGUCGGGGGUCCGCGUCUGAGGGAAGAGAGCCCAGAAGGCCGCAGACGCGCGCCUGGCUCGGGUCGUUUCGCCGACGGCGCACCUGAGCUUUUUUAUCCUGAAUGCAUUAAAUUAGGAAAAAACAUGAAGAUACAUUCCGUGGACCAAGGGGCAGACCACAUGCUGAUUCUCUCAUCAGAUGGAAAACCAUUUGAGUAUGACUACAACAUGAAACAUCUAAGGUCUGAAAGCAUUUUACAAGAAAAAAAAAUAAUUCAGAUCACGUGUGGAGAUUAUCAUUCUCUUGCACUCUCAAAAGGUGGUGAGCUUUUUGCCUGGGGACAGAACCUGCAUGGGCAGCUUGGAGUUGGAAGGAAAUUUCCCUCAACCACCACACCACAGAUUGUGGAGCACCUCGCAGGAGUACCCUUGGCUCAGAUUUCUGCCGGAGAAGCCCACAGCAUGGCCUUAUCCAUGUCUGGCAACAUUUAUUCAUGGGGAAAAAAUGAAUUUGGACAACUAGGCCUGGGCCACACUGAGAGUAAAGAUUCUCCUUCCCUUAUUGAAGCACUAGACAAUCAGAAAGUUGAAUUUCUCGCUUGUGGUGGCUCUCACAGUGCCCUGCUCACACAGGAUGGGCUGCUGUUUACUUUUGGUGCUGGAAAACAUGGGCAACUUGGUCAUAAUUCAACACAGAAUGAGCUAAGACCCUGUUUGGUGGCUGAGCUUGUUGGGAAUAGAGUGACUCAGAUAGCAUGUGGAAGGUGGCACACGCUUGCCUAUGUUUCUGAUUUGGGAAAGGUCUUUUCCUUUGGUUCUGGAAAAGACGGACAACUGGGAAACGGUGGAACACUUGACCAGCUGAUACCGCUUCCUGUGAAAGUAUCAUCAAGUGAAGAACUCAAACUUGAAAGCCAUACCUCAGAAAAGGAGUUAAUAAUGAUUGCUGGAGGGAAUCAAAGCAUUUUGCUCUGGAUAAAGAAAGAGAAUUCCUAUGUUAAUCUGAAGAGGACAAUUCCUACACUGAAUGAAGGGACUGUAAAGAGAUGGAUUGCUGAUGUGGAGACUAAACGGUGGCAUAGCACAAAAAGGGAAAUCCAAGAGAUAUUUUCAUCUCCUGCUUGUCUAACUGGAAGUUUUUUAAGGAAAAGAAGAACUGCAGAAAUGAUGCCUGUUUAUUUGGACUUAAAUAAAGCAAGAAACAUCUUCAAGGAGUUAACCCAAAAGGACUGGAUUACUAACAUGAUAACCACCUGCCUCAAAGAUAAUCUGCUCAAAAGACUUCCAUUUCAUUCUCCACACCAAGAAGCUUUAGAAGUUUUCUUCCUUCUCCCAGAAUGUCCUGUGAUGCAUCUUUCUAACAACUGGGAGAGCCUUGUGGUUCCAUUUGCAAAGGUUGUUUGUAAAAUGAGUGACCCGUCUUCACUGGUUCUGGAUAACAUCAGAAUAUUUGAUAUUUGUCAGGCUCCGCACCUCAGCAGGAGGCCACCAGGAACCAUGAAGAUGAAGCACCCAUUUUCUCUUCAUAUUUUAUUUAAGGUAAACCAGAUGAAAUGUCAACUACCUGAAAGUAUUUUCCAAGUAGACGAACUCUUGUACCGUCUCAAUUUUUUUGUAGAAGUAUGCAGAAGGUGCUUGUGGAAAAUGACUGUGGACACUUCAGAAAAUGCAGGAUGCUGGGUCAUAUUCAGUCGCUUUCCAUUUAUCUUUAAUCAUCUGUCGAAAAUUAAACUACUACAUACAGACACACUUUUAAAAAUAGAGGGUAAAAAACAUAAAGCUUAUCUUAUGUCGGCAGCAAUUGAGGAAGAAAGAGAGUCUGAUUUCGCUUUGAUGCCCACGUUUAAUCUAACAGUCAGAAGGAAUCACCUGAUUGAGGAUGUUUUGAAUCAGCUAAGUCAAUUUGAGAAUGAAGACCUGAGGAAAGAGUUAUGGGUUUCAUUUAGUGGAGAAAUUGGGUAUGACCUUAUAGGAGUUAAGAGAGAGUUCUUCUACUGUCUGUUUGAAGAGAUGAUCCAGCCAGAAUAUGGGAUGUUCAUGUAUCCUGAAGGGGCUUCCUGCAUGUGGUUUCCUGUCAGGCCUAAAUUUGAGAAGAAAAGGUAUUUCUUCUUUGGGCUUCUAUGUGGACUUUCCCUGUUCAAUUGCAAUGUUGCCAACCUCCCUUUCCCACUGGCACUGUUUAAGAAACUUUUGGACCAAAUGCCAUCAUUGGAAGACUUGAAAGAACUCAGUCCUGAUUUGGGAAAGAAUUUGCAAACACUUCUGGAUGACGAAGGUGAUAACUUUGAAGAAGUAUUUUACAUCCAUUUUAAUGUACACUGGGACAGAAACGACACAAACUUAAUUCCUAAUGGAAGUAGCAUAAUUGUCAACCAGACUAACAAGAGAGACUAUGUUUCUAAGUAUAUCGAUUACAUUUUCAAUGACUCUGUGAAGGCGGUUUAUGAAGAAUUUCGGAGAGGAUUUUACAAAAUGUGUGACGAAGACAUUAUCAAAUUAUUCCACCCCGAAGAACUGAAGGAUGUGAUUGUUGGACAUACAGAUUAUGAUUGGAAAACAUUUGAAAAGAAUGCACGUUAUGAACCAGGAUAUAACAGUUCACAUCCCACCAUAGUGAUGUUUUGGAAGGCUUUCCACAAGCUGACGCUGGAAGAAAAGAAAAAAUUCCUUGUAUUUCUUACAGGAACUGACAGACUACAAACGAAAGAUUUAAAGAAUAUGAAAAUAACAUUUUGCUGUCCUGAAAGUUGGAAUGAAAGAGACCCUAUGAGAGCACUGACAUGUUUCAGUGUCCUCUUCCUCCCUAAAUAUUCUACAAUGGAAACAGUGGAAGAAGCGCUUCAAGUAGCCAUCAACAACAACAGAGGAUUUGGCUGACCAGCAAGCUUGUCCAACAGCCUUAUUUUGUUGUUGUUGUUGUUGUUGUUUCUCUUCUUUGUUUUAGGCUUUUAGCAGCCUGAAGCCAUAGUUUUUCGUUUUUGUCUCUAAUGAGAAGUGGGAAAGAGGGAUGAAGAAGAGGCUUUACUGGCCUAACCAGAAACAGAAACUAAGAACCCGUGACUGUAUUCUCUCCCUUGGAAACCCCUAUGUCUACAUCAUAUUCCUUACCUCUUUGGGAAAAUAUUUUUCAAAAAUAAAAUAACUGAAAAAUUA